AAAUUAAUCAAUGAAAGAGCACAGCUUCCAAAAUAUCACUAGCACGAAAUAUAAUGAAUCAGUUAAAGAGAAAUGUAACAUGUGAUCUCUAUUCCACUACAGCUCCGUAGCGGACGAUAAGCGUAACGCAGUCAUUACUGGGUGUUUUAAAGCACUGGCCGCGUGUUGAUGUGAAACGCAAGCUCCGCGUAAAGCCAAUUGGAAAGUGUUCGGUAGUUUACUGGGAUUAACAUUUCUGGGCAAAAUUAAAUAUUUUAUUUUAAUGUAUCUAUAAAAUUAAUUAAAUAAUAAACCACCAAUAGGUGACUCAUACAGUGAUCAAAAUCGUGUAAUAUUGCUUUAUUUACAAAAAGUGAUAGAUAAAGAAUUCACAUAAUGGGCGACCAAAAGGAUUCAGCAGGACCGAAAGAAGUGAGAGUAUCAAGAUGGUAUUUCGGAGGACUUUCUUCGGCUGGAGCUGCUUGUGUCACUCAUCCAUUGGAUCUGCUGAAAGUUCAAAUGCAAACCCAAAAGGGGAAAAACAUUUCCAUGUCUCAACUUGUUGGGAUAGUUGUAAAAAAUGACGGUAUCCUAGGACUAUACAAUGGUAUAUCAGCCUCCUUGCUAAGACAAUUAACAUAUUCAACAGUUAGAUUUGGAAUAUAUGAAGUGGCUAAACAACAUUUCACACCUAAAGAUGGUAAGCCUAUUCCAUUUUAUAUGUCUACACUUAUAGCUGGCGUGGGUGGAUUUGCUGGUGGUUUUAUGGGGAACCCUGCAGAUUUAAUCAAUGUGCGAAUGCAAAAUGAUGUAAAACUUCCACCGGAGCAAAGAAGGAAUUACAAAAAUGCUGUACAUGGAUUAUGGAGAGUAGUUGCAACUGAAGGCAUAACACGACUUUGGGCAGGCGCCAGUAUGACAUGCAGCCGAGCAGCGCUCAUGACAAUAGGACAAGUGGCAUUCUAUGACCAAAUCAAGAUGUUACUUCUUUCCACUUCAUUUUUCCACGAAAAUGUUGUGACUCAUGUCACGGCAAGUUUAUUAGCGGGAGGCGUAGCAACAACUAUGACCCAGCCUGUGGACGUCUUGAAAACGCGUGUAAUGAACGCUAAACCUGGUGAAUUCAAGGGUAUAUUUGAUGUUGUCUUUAAUACUGCUAAGGAAGGACCACUUGCAUUCUUCAAAGGAUACAUUCCAGCAUUUGUUAGACUUGCACCUCACACUAUUUUAACAUUCGUAUUUUUAGAACAACUUAGAAUGAAUUAUGGUUUUAUCAAAAAUUAACAAUUUAAGAAAGAAUAAUUUAGGACAAAUGUACUUUUAUAUGAUUUUGUAGUGGUUUUAGAUGAUGUGGUGUUUUGGAGUAGAUUUUUAGAUGCAUUUAGUAUUUCAAUAUAAUUCGUACAUCUGAUCCUAUAAAAUGCUGAAACUUGUAUCAGAUUCUAAUGUACACUAUGUACUAAGCUGACUUGUGAAUCAGUAGGUAUGACCUGAUUAGUCAGGCCAUGAUUUGACAAAUAAUUAUUGGCAAAAGUGGAUUUCCUAUACUUGGAUAAUCAUUUGACUUCUUAUUAAUAAUUUAAUGUAACUGGUCUAAAACAAAGAAAUUUUAAUUUCUCUAUUGCCUACUUUAAUGGAAGAUGGUCGAGGCUUAAGGGCCGUAGCGUUGCGUCGCCGCAGCGCUAAAAUCGACAGUUUGCGUUGCAGUGCGUUGCGGCGUCGUGAAAAAGAGCGUUUUAUUGUUGUUCGGUAGGGUAACCAAACCAGUUCGUCGUGAAUUUUUAUUGUGGAUAGACGUGUCUCUGCCAUGGACCAUCGUAAAAAACUUAUUGCUUGUUUGUUAUUAAGAAGACAUUACUCUGCUAUGCUGGAACGAGCGCUGCGUUGCGGCGCCGCAACGCCGCAACGCCGCAAUAUAAACUGCCGAUUUUAGCGUUACGGCGACGCAACGCGGUCAUGUGUUUCGGUCCGCGGUCAAGUAUUUGAAAGGGUAGGACUCUGAUUUGUGUCAGAACGGUCACGGGCAGCACGCGAGACAUUAUUAUGAUUACGAAAAGGCUCAUAUUAUUAUGAUUACGUCCGUUACGUGCGUCCAACACAAACCGGAAUCGAAAUGCCGUGUUAGAAUAAGUUAUCAGUUCAGUUUUGUCAAUCUUCGGAUUGUGCUAUGUAAAGGAAAAAUACUACCUAAGUGAAACUUUAAAAGUUUUUAUAGUUACCAACUUCUUUGAAGCGUUUUAUAAUUUUUAGAAUUUUACAAAUAAUUUAUUUUGAGAUAAUUGUUAAUAUUUUAAGGAUAAUAAGAUUUUUUUUUUUUUCAUAUUAAUCAUAAGCCAAAAAUCACCAUCAAAAUUGCUCAUUAAAACAAUACUUGAAAUGAUAUUUCAUAUUCAAUCGAUAUUCAUAAAAAGAAGCAAAUGUGGGGGGGGGGGGGGCACGUAUUUACGCGCUAAUGUAAACCUCUCGUUUUUCGUCCAAUAGGGAAUUAGGUAGUGUCACGCCAUUAAACGUACAAUAUAGUGAUUGGACAAAAAACCUUUUGCUACAUUUGCGCCAUCUAGGACCAAAAAUACGAUAACCCCCCAAGGGGCUAUCCAUAAAUUACGUCACAACUUAAGAGGGGGGAAGGGGGUCGACGAAGUGUGACAUUGUGUGACAAGGAGGAGG